AUGGCGCUAACAAGUAAGCAGAAGGCAUGGCUGGAAACGGCGCGCCCCCUUGCUGAGCGCGAGGCAAAAAGGCUGGGGAUAAGCCCGGAACUGAUACUGGCUCAGGCGGCGCAUGAGAGCGCUUGGGGGGAGAAAGCACCCCAAAAUAAUUUUUUCGGGAUUAAGGGUGCCGGCCGGGCGCAGAAUACACAAGAAUUCCAGAAUGGGCGCAUGGUGAACACAAAAGCCAAUUUUGCCGCUUAUCCUGAUAUGGACGCAAGCUUUGCCGGUUAUGGCGAUUUCCUGCAAAAGAAUUCUCGCUAUAAGCAGCUCUUGUCCAGUGGUAAUGAUUUUGGCGCAAAUGUGGCACAGAUUGCCAAGAGCGGCUAUGCAACAGACCCUGCUUACGGCCAGAAGCUGGCCCCGCAAGCGGCCAAGCCUAUUCAGAAGCGCGAUUUAUCCGGCGAGCAGCAAGAUGUUAUGGCUAUGCUCGGUGCCAAGCGCGGCUCCUUCAUUUUCCCGCAAUUUGGCACUAAUCUCCUGAAGGGUUUUAGCUGA